AUGCAAAUAUUCGUAAAAACAUUGACUGGAAAGACAAUCACCCUCGACGUCGAAUCAUCAGACACCAUCGACAACGUCAAAGCUAAAAUCCAAGACAAGGAAGGGAUUCCUCCAGAUCAGCAAAGACUCAUUUUCGCAGGCAAACAAUUAGAAGAUGGAAGAACCCUUGCUGACUACAACAUCCAAAAAGAGUCAACCCUUCACUUGGUGCUUAGGCUCAGAGGUGGUAUGCAAAUCUUCGUUAAGACUUUAACUGGCAAAACAAUUACCCUUGAUGUUGAAUCUUCAGACACCAUCGACAACGUCAAAGCUAAAAUCCAAGACAAGGAAGGAAUUCCUCCAGAUCAGCAAAGACUCAUUUUCGCUGGAAAACAAUUAGAAGAUGGAAGAACUCUUGCUGACUACAACAUCCAAAAGGAAUCAACCCUUCACUUGGUUCUCAGACUCAGAGGUGGCAUGCAAAUCUUCGUUAAAACCUUAACUGGUAAAACAAUCACCCUCGACGUUGAAUCAUCAGACACCAUCGACAACGUCAAAGCCAAAAUCCAAGAUAAGGAAGGAAUUCCUCCAGAUCAGCAAAGACUCAUUUUCGCAGGCAAACAAUUAGAAGAUGGAAGAACUCUUGCUGAUUACAACAUCCAAAAAGAGUCAACCCUUCACUUGGUGCUUAGACUCAGAGGUGGUAUGCAAAUCUUCGUUAAGACCUUAACUGGCAAAACAAUUACCCUUGAUGUUGAAUCCUCAGAUACCAUCGAUAACGUCAAAGCUAAAAUCCAAGACAAGGAAGGAAUUCCUCCAGAUCAGCAAAGACUUAUUUUCGCUGGAAAACAAUUAGAAGACGGAAGAACUCUUGCUGACUACAACAUCCAAAAGGAAUCAACCCUUCACUUGGUUCUUAGACUCAGAGGUGGUAUGCAAAUCUUCGUUAAGACCUUAACUGGCAAAACAAUCACCCUUGAUGUUGAAUCCUCAGAUACCAUCGAUAACGUCAAAGCUAAAAUCCAAGAUAAGGAAGGAAUUCCUCCAGAUCAGCAAAGACUCAUUUUCGCAGGCAAGCAAUUAGAAGAUGGAAGAACUCUUGCUGAUUACAACAUCCAAAAGGAGUCAACCCUUCAUUUGGUGCUCAGAUUGAGAGGAGGCUUUUAA